AUGUGUUCAAAGGAAGAAUUACCCAAAAGCCUUUCUGAUGUUUCGGAUAUUCCGAAGCAAGAGAUGCAAGAACAACCUGGCGUGCAUCAUGAAAUGAAACCUCAACCUCUCGUUCAUCAUUUACCUACCGACGGCGAACACCUCGAAGAAUAUCAUGCCAGUGGAAAAUUAAAAUCUAAAAUUGCUCUUAUUACCGGAGGUGAUUCUGGCAUUGGUCGAUCGGUUGCUGCCUUAUUCUCACUCGAAGGUUGUGAGGGAAUAGCAAUCGUACAUUUGCCACGUGAAGAAAAAGACGCACAAGAAACUAAACGAAGGAUUGAAAAACAAUCAAACACACAUGUGGAAUUGAUUUGUAAGGAUGUUGGAUGUGAAGAAAACGCGAUUGAAAUCAUUGAUACUGUGGUUAAGAAAUGGGGCAGAAUUGAUGUUUUAGUGAAUAAUGCUUCGGAACAACAUUUGGGUGGGAGUAUUGAAGAUCUUAGUGCAGAGCAACUCGAAAGAACUUUUAGGUCAAAUCUUUAUGGAAUGAUUUUUCUUUCGAAGCACGCAAUUAAGCACAUGAAGAAAGGAAGCACCAUCAUCAAUACAACUUCAGUGACUGCUUAUAAAGGUCAUCAACUGUUGCUUGAUUACUCCAUCACGAAGGCUGGUAUCGUUGGCUUUACAAGAUCACUUAGUCUUCAGUUGAAUAGUAAAGGAAUUCGCGUUAAUGCAGUCGCUCCAGGACCGAUUUGGACACCUCUGAUCAAAGCAAGUUUCCCUCCUGAAAUGAUGGAUGAGUUUGGAAAAGAAGUACCUUUUGGUCGAGCAGGUCAACCUUCAGAAGUAGCACCUUGUUACGUUUUUCUCGCUAGUAACGAUUCUAGUUAUAUGUCCGGCCAGGUUCUUCAUCCUAAUGGAGGAACUAUUGUUAACGGAUAA